CAAUCAGAAGAUGUCCGCAAUAUUUACAAUUAUGUUAAGAACUAUGGAUAUUUAUACCAAGAUGUACAGCAAGAUGCGUCUGCUAGAUCAGAAAUGGUUCAGUGAGGAGUACAGGAUGAAUGAGUCUGAAAGUUUCUCCUACGACUCGAAUGACUACGACUCGAAUAACUACGAUGACUUCGAUACAACACCUCUAAGUAGCGAUGACUUCAAUACAACACCUGAACAUAGCGACAUUAGCUACAUUAGCGACUCAGAGUUUGAGACUGUUGAAUCCGAUUCCGAUGAGUUCAAUGAUAGACAAUAUAUACACAUGCAAUAUCUAAUUCAUCUUGGAUAUUUAUUGCAAAAGAGUGAAAUUAUUUUUGCACAAUACGAUGAUCACGAAAUUGAGGCAGAAGAGAUCAUUGCAAAAUGA